AUGUCGGAGGAUGCUGCUUCUGAAAAUGUUGAUCCACUAAAUAUCAAUAAAUUAAGCGUCGAUUAUGACUACUUAUUGUACAAAAUAAGUGACCAUGUUCAGUCAAUUCAAUUAGACGUAAAAGAAAUAUGUGAAAAGCAGUACGGUUUGAUCAAUAACGAAAUUAUACUCAAUGUAAUUGAUGAAAACAUCAAGAAUUUCAAAAUCUUAUUACAAAAAUGUGAAGACCUGGAGAAUUAUUUCGAUAUGCUUGAUCAAAUUGGAGUAAUUGCAGAAUCAUUUAAAGAAAGAAUUAAACAAAUAUCCAUAGAAUAUAAAAAGGUUAAAAAAUCACAUUGA